AUGGGUGAGGAAGCUUUUACCGAGCCUUGUCCUGUUUGUCGGCAAAAGUGUAAUUGCAAAGCCUGCUUGCGUCUGGACGGGCCUAUAAGGGCUUUGAAGAAUUUAAAAUAUGAGGUUAACAAAGAAGAACAGGUUCAGUAUUCAAAAUUUAUCUUGCAAAAGCUGUUGCCUUUCUUGAGAAAACUCAGUGCAAAGCAACUAGAAUUUCCCUUGUUUAUUUGGGCAGGAUCACCGGUGUCAAAGAUAAAUCUGCAGAAGGGGAAGUGUCAUGAGAAUGAGCGAAUGUACUGCAACAAUUGCAAAACAUCCAUUGUUGAUUAUCACAGAAAUUGUUCCAGCUGUUCGUAUGAUCUCUGCCUUUUUGUCGGGAGCUUAGAGAUGGUCACCUUAAGGGAGUUGAAGAAGUCAUCAUUGAAUUCACUAACAAAGGGAAUGCUUAUUUGCAUGAAAAGCCGGACACCAGAGAAUUCUAUUGGUCCAGCGGGUGAAUGGAAAUCCAAUGCAGAUGGUAGCAUCUCUUGUCCAACAGAGAAUUUUGGUGGAUGUGGUAAGGGAAUUUUAGAGCUGAAGUGCCUGUUGUCAAAGUCAAAAUAUCCGGUCUCUGAGUUAUUGGCAAAGGCUGAAGAUAUUGCCAAAAGAUGUGAAUUGGAACAUAUGCCUGAAAUAUCUCAGGGGUCAUGCUUAUGUAUACAAUUAGUUGAUGAAACUGAUAUGCAGAAAAGUAAAUUGCGUAAAGCAUUAUCUCCUGACAAUUCAGAUGACAAUUAUUUGUACUGUCCAGCCGCUAAAGAUCUUCAGCAGGAGGAUCUGAAGCAUUUCCAGUGUCAUUGGCUGAAAGGUGAACCUGUGAUUGUCGGUAAUGUGCUUGAGACUGCGUCAGGGUUAAGCUGGGAGCCUAUGGUUAUGUGGCAAGCGUGUCGCCAGAUAAAGAACAUAAACCAUCCCCUUCAUCUGGAUGUCAGUGCCAUCAACUGCUUGGAUUGGUGUGAGAUGUAUAUGCUUGGUGCUUUCUUUCAUGAUGGAUAA